AUGUUGCUUGAGCAAGGCAUAGAUCUCUUUGUUGAGGAAGGAUUGACUGGCCACUUGGCCUAUGAAGCUUCAAGUGCAGGCUGGGACGGAGUGGUGCAGAAGCUUAUAGAGAAGGGCGCAGAUGUAAACGCUUUUGUCAAAGCCGGUUACAGUGCACUCGCGGCAGCUUCUUGUGAAGGUCAUGACAGCAUUGUACAGAUGCUGCUAGACCAUGGCGCAGAUAUAAACUCUCUGGACAAAGAUGGUCACAGUGCAUUGGCAGUGGCCUCUAGUCGUGGUCAGAUCAGAACCGUACGGAUAUUGCUCAACCAUGGCGCAAACAUUUGCGCUACAGACAAAGAUUACAGCAGUGCAUUGACGGCAGCUUCUCGUAACGGCCACGAAAAGGUUGUAAAGAUACUGCUGGACAAAAGUGCUGACAUUCGCAUCGAUGGCUGUUAA